AACAUCAAAAUUUAUAUUUUUCACGCUGACUUGUUGUUCGUGACAUGUGUUCAUAUCAUGAUAGUUUGAAAUCCGAAAAUCCUCUUUUGAUCUUUCAAAUCAUCUUAUAUUCGGAAAAAGAAAUCCGAUUACUUUGUUUACACCGCGAAUUUGUAAUAAUUCACCAGAACGCCUUAGGCUGGAGGGAAUAACCGAUAAAACAACUUUCCAUAAUUUUUUUACUUCAUUAUUUUUUUAAAAUUCAUUUCCAACGAGAACGCAUUUCUUAUAAAUUGCGUUUUAUCUCUCUGAGAAAUCCUCAUCUAACUAAAUAUUACCAACACGUGUUCAAUAAAUAUUAGCAUAUAUAUGUAGUAAUUAGUAGUUUAAAUGUCUUUUGAUGAAGAUGGUUUAUCACGUCACAUGAUAUUCGACAGUGUUUAAAGGUAAUGGGAAAUGUUACGAUUAAAAACGCAUUCAUCCACGUCCAGCAACCACAUGCACUUAACUCCUCUCGCUGUUAACAUCAUCGUUGUUAAGAAAAUGCAGGAAUCACAAGCCAUAAAAAAUGGUCGAACGUAUUUGGAGAAUAAACGCCGCAUUAUGUUAGGAAUUAGUCCAGGAAACCCGUUUUUUUAUGAAAAGGGUAAUUUGGUAAAAAUGCUACAAAUUGCAAAGGAUAAUUCAAAUGACAAGAUCAUGAUGUUCAUUGCGGAUAAAAUAAGUGAACAUAACUACAGAGCUGUUGGCAGCAAGAAUCCGGAAAAAUCUGCCAGAGUGAAAGCAAAUCGUCUUCGCCAUAAAUGUGAAGAAGCAAUCCGCUCAUGUCAAAUGCAGGAUGAUUCAGUCGAAUACAUAAACUGGGUUCGUGAUGUCGAGAGUUCAAGCCACUACGUUGAUGCGUUAAAAUACGUGAAGCAUUUGUAUGAAGUUAAUGAUCAAUUUCAAAAAGAUGUCAAGGAAUGUACACAACCUGCUCUGGUCUCUAUGAAACAUGGUCGUGAAAGAAGCAUGCCAGAAGGCAGUGAUGCUGCGAUUGAUUUAGAUGAAGGAGUUAAAUACCCUCUAAAAGAGUUGGCAUUCUUUUCCGUAAUUCGCGAUAUCUACGAGGGGUGUGAAGAGUUUGUGUUCGUCUAUCAUCGACCAUGGUCUGUGUUAGAAAAGUAUUUUGAUGGUGGAUACGACAAUGUCUCCAGACCAAGUUUAGGAUUUUAUGUUUUUGAAUAGAGCAAACAUAAUUAGGUGGAUGAAA